AUGACCAGCUGGAACCACACAGUGGUGACCUAUUUCCAAUUUUUACCUUUCUCCGGCAUCCCAGAGAUCCAAGGCUCUCUCUUUUGUCUGGUAUUGCUCAUGUACCUCAGUAUUUUGGUGGGAAACACUCUUAUCUUUGUGAUCACUAUGGUAGAUGCUGCCCUUCACUCCCCCAUGUAUUUUUUCCUCAAGAACUUUUCCUUCCUGGAGAUUGGCUACACUACAACCACGAUCCCCAAGAUGCUGGUGAACUUCCUCACCAAAAGCAAGGGCAUAUCCUUCCUGGGCUGUGCCAGUCAGAUGUACAUCUUCUCCCUCUUAGGGAUCACAGAAUGCUGCCUGCUGGCUGCCAUGGCCUAUGACCGCUAUGAGGCCAUAUGCCAUCCCCUGCACUACACAACCAUGAUGAGUUGGAACAUGUGCUUCCUGCUUUCAGCUGCGUCUUGGCUGGUCGGGGUCUUGGUGGCCUUAGGGCAGACGGUUUUCAUCUUUACCCUUCCGUAUUGUGGACUCAACAAGAUCAAUCACUUCUUCUGUGAUCUGCUGCCCCUGCUGAAGUUGGCUUGUGUGGACACCUACAAGAACGAAAUCACCACCUACAUAAUAACUGUCCUCCUCAUCCUGGUCCCCUUCUUACUUAUAGUCGUAUCGUAUAUCCAGAUUCUCCACACCAUCUUCAAGAUGCCAUCAGCUGAGGACAAGAGAAAAACUUUCUCUACCUGCUCAUCUCAUCUGGUUGUGGUGACUCUGUUUUACAGAUCUGGCAUCGUGACCUACUUGAGACCCAAAGCUUUUUAUUCAAGCAGCAGCAGCAAACUGCUUUCUCUCUCUUACACACUGAUGUCUCCAAUGAUGAACCCUUUGAUCUACAGUUUGAGGAAGAAAGAGAUGAAACAAGCCUUGAAAAGACUAAUCACCAGAAAAACAGUUCUGUACUUUGAAGGUGUGUUUACCCAUGACGGCAGCGCCACCAACUGCGUCGCACCGACCCACCAGAGCCUCGUCCCUUGUCGCUUUUUCAGUCUCUGGGCUGACCUGGCGCUGGCUCCAGGGAAACUUCCCAGUACGGUUCCAGUCACCAACGAGCUCUGGAAGCUUUCCCGGUGGUUUCUCUCCCGUAUCGACACGGCCAACAUGCAGCUCGCCUGCGGGGAAAAAGGGGACCUGACCCCAACAGCCAUGAGGGGCAGAUUUUACCACCUGCAAGAGUCGUCACUUGCCUGGCCGUACUUUGGGCACGGACCCAAAUGCUCUAG